CGCCGCUGUCUCCGCUCCAGGCUCGGUCCCCGCCGCUGUUUCCGCUCCAGGCUCGGUCCCCGCCGCUCUCUGUGCUCCAGGCUCUUUUCCCCGCCCGUGUUUCCGUCCCAGGCCGCGGCCCCCGCUCACCGUCCGUCAGCAUGGCGAUGCAAGCAGCCAAACGAGCCAACAUCCGGCUCCCUCCGGAGGUCAACCGCAUCCUGUACAUCAGGAACCUGCCCUACAAAAUCACGGCUGAGGAGAUGUACGACAUUUUUGGGAAGUACGGGCCCAUCCGGCAGAUCAGAGUUGGAAAUACCCCUGAGACCAGAGGAACAGCCUACGUGGUCUAUGAGGACAUCUUCGAUGCUAAGAACGCCUGUGACCACCUGUCAGGGUUCAACGUGUGCAACAGAUACCUCGUGGUUCUGUACUACAAUGCAAACAGGGCAUUCCAAAAGAUGGACACAAAGAAGAAAGAAGAACAGCUUAAGCUUCUCAAGGAAAAAUAUGGAAUUAACACAGACCCGCCAAAAUAAACUGAUCUUUUUUGGAAAACUGUUUUCAAGCCCUGCCGUCGAGUUCUUUGCCUAAACAUAGAAAUUCUUAACAAAGUGUAAUUUUUUCUCUUAUAAAUUUGGUUAGCUGCAAUAUGAGUCUUUUUAUCUUCAGAUUAGGAUUAAAUAAAUGUAGAACACACAAAGAUCUGCUUUAAGAUUAAAUUCCCCAAGGUGACAUUGCUUCCCUGUGCUGAGGGUGACCUGGCAAAGGCUGCAUUGACCUGUUCCUAGCAGGAGCUUUCCAGAAGGGACCGAGCAGGUUCUGUGAAUGAACAAAGCCCAAACCCAUGUUUGUAACAAAGUUUCUUUCACAAACUGGAGAAGAUGAACGGCUUUUAAAAGGAUCCGGCUGAUAAGGAGACUCCAGUCCAAGUACCUUGUUCCCAGUGGUGGUGCCUGCUCUGAUCAGCUGCAGUGAAACAAUCCAGCUCUCACACUACCAAGAAAAAAAGCGUAUGGGGGCUUUGUUCUGUGUCCCAGGUUUGGACUGAGGAUUUGGUAUGAAUUGAAGAACACAUGACCAAGAUGAGACAGUAGAUUAAGGUUUUCAUUUUGAUACCUGUAGUGUGAUUGUUUUCUACUUGGCAUGGUUGAACUGUAACACAUUUUCUGUACAUACAUUUUUAGGAGUAGCAUCUGGUGAAGGAAAAACAAAUUUAUGGUUUUUUGGCUCUUUUUUCAGUACUCAUGUCCUGUGUAUAAAAAUUGAGUGUGAUCCAGAGUGUGCAAAACCAGUAUCUUUUGGAAGUGGGAAAGAAUAACCUCUGCCUGUGUUGUGAACUGGCUGGAAGUUGUGUGAAUGUGAGUAGUAUCCUGCCUUGGGAGGAUUCAUUUGCAUGAAUGUAAUAUUCCACUCCCUGACCAGACAAUUUCCACCCAGUGCAGAACUAGGGCAGAUAACAAUAUACUUUGCCUGGCAUUUGUAAUUCAGUUUGGUUUUUCAGUGCAUUCUACUGUCAUAGAGAAAUGCUUCCAUUUUCUGAAAUUACUUUUUUUGUUGGAAUCUGUCACUUCAGGAACAACUAUUGAGUCCAUUUGGUGAAAAAAUAAAAUGUCUGCAUAUUUUGCUUUUUUUCAUCAAGGCUGGCUUCACGCUGUGCUCCUCCUGCAUGUAACCUGUGCUGUUAGACAGAAGUGUUUGAUGCAGGCAGGAGCUGUGGCACAUCCAUGUAGUACCCAUGUAAUAGCUCCAUCCAUGUGUGUGACAUGAGGGUGCCCAGCUGUUGGAACAAUGCCCACAUCUCACCUGGAGGAGAUCCCUGGCAGCUGCCCUGUGCUGUGCACCAGUUUGGCAGCUGGAAGGGGCUGACAGCAAUACUCACAGUUACUAGCUGGAACCAGCGAGAAACUAAACACUCAUCAUUUUGCACUGAAUGGCCCUGUUUUCUUCAUUCUCAAAUAAACUGUUGCAAAUUAAUAGAUGUU